AUGACGAUCCUGGAUGGAGCUGUUCCUGGAAGUCGAUCAGAAUCUUUGGGGAGUGGGGUAUCAGAUCGUCACUCGAAGGCUGGGUUUCGAACGCAAGGAAUCCCUCAAGAAGCGAGGACGUUGGCUUACAUAGUGCAUACACUAUUCCCCUCACAGCCGAAGAGAGAGAUUAGCAUGGCUGCGCCUGGCAUGACAGAGGCGCCACAAUUUACGGAAGAAGAGCUAAUCAGGGCCGCAUCAUCUAUGCGGAAGAAGAAAGCUCCAAGUCCUGACGGACUUCUAGCAGAAUUAAUUAAAGCCGUCGCGCAGAGUCACCCUGAGCUCUUGCUAAGCAUGCCUGUCUGUAUGCUCGGUACGGCUGGCAAGCUCCUGGAGAAGCUGCUUAGGCCAGGGCUGCACGCAGCCGAGAGGGCAGUGGAGGAUCUUGCUGCCUGCCAGUAUGUAUUUCGAUCCGGCCUCUCCACCAUCUACGCAAUUCAGGAGAUUGUCACGGCCGCAAAAAUGACGGAGCGCGGGAAUCACCAUUCCCGCACUUUGUGUCUGCUGGCCACCUUAGACGUGAGAAAUGCCAUCAACUCCGUCAGGUGGGACAUGGCAAUGGUAGCUCUCGAACGUAAUUUCAGAGUUCCGUGGUACCUGCUCCGAAUACUCGGGGAUAACCUGAACGAGCGCUUCCUGGAAUACAUUACUGGCGAUGGUCCAAGAAGAUUGGAAUUGAAAUCGGGGGCUGUUCAGGGCUCUAUACAAGGACCGAUCCCUGGUGGUGCUUUCUUGAUUGGGUAUGCAGACGACAUUGUAGUUGUUAUAACUGCAAGAGACACGGAGGGGGCACAGCUGUUGCUCAACCAGUUCAUGCGCAGAGUCAUCUCACGGAUGGAAGAUCACGGGCUAUACUUAGCAGCCCAGAAAACAGAGGUCGUUCUACUAACGAAGAAGCGCAUCAACACGUUGCGCAGCUUCACCGUAGAAGAUGCGACGGUCCAGACCAAGACGUCUGUCAGGUACCUAGGAGUAAUAAUCAGUUGCAAACUCACUUACAGACACCAUAUACUAAGGGUAGCUGACAAAGCUACAAAUGAAGUUGCCACUCUGUGCACAUUCAUGACCGAUGUCAACGGUCACCGGCCGUGCAUUCAGAAACUAAUGAUGCGUGCCGCCGAAGCAGUGAUGCUGUACGGCGCAGAAAUAUGGGCCGAGGCGCUGCGAAAGGAUCAAUACCGCAAGCGCAUGGCGGCAGUACAGGAGGGGCGCUCUCCCAAUCGCUUGCUCCUACCGCACGGUCUCUGA